GGCAGUGUGGACAACAGCGGACUGCAUAGAAAAGAAGAAGCCACGGGAGACUUUGUGAAAUGCAGUUCUCGGUAGGAUGAUCAGUAAUCACGAAGAUGAUGUGAGUGACUUCCUACUUUCUCCUCCACAGAGGAAAUCUUUACCACCAGUUCUCCUUUUGGUCAUUUAUGUGCAGGACAGCAGGAACCCUUCUUUAAAUAAAUGUCCAGAGGGGUGCCAGAGAACAAUAAGCAUUUUUUAAGAGCAUUUGGGGAACUUUUUUUUUUUGUUGUUGUUGCAGGAGAGGCACAUGCUGUUCUUAGAUCUUUAUCUGUCACACAGAUAAAAACUUCGUUGCAGUUUUGCUCAAUUAUAAGUAUUAUAUCUUCUGUUUUUGUUUUGAAGGAGUUUGUUGCAGUGCGAGUCCAAGAUCCCCGCAUUCAGAACGAGGGUUCUUGGAAUUCAUACGUCGACUACAAAAUAUUCCUACAUACCAACAGUAAAGCCUUCACGGCCAAGACGUCCUGCGUUCGGCGGCGCUACAGCGAGUUUGAGUGGCUCAGGAAGAAGCUGCAGAAGAAUGCAGGCUUGGUUCCAGUCCCGGAUCUUCCUGGAAAAUCCUUCUUCUCCUUCAACAAUGAGGACUUUCUGGAAAAGAGACGGAGAGGACUCCAAGUCUUCCUGGACAAAGUGGUGCACACCACCGUGUGUCUGUCGGACAGCCAGCUCCACCUCUUCCUGCAGACCCAGCUGCCGAUCGGUCACAUCCAGGACUGCGUUCAGGGACUGACGCCGUACUCCGUGACGGACGCCAUCCUCACCUACGCCUCGUCCAACCGGGGCCUGGCUCAGGCUCAGCAGGAGGACUCCAUCAGGGAGCCCGGUCUCACCGUCUCUUAUGAGUCCAUGGAAAGUCCGGCUCCUCACCUGCCUUCCCUACAACUGAAAGCAGCGCUCAACUCUAAACCAGUGGCCGGUGGAGAUCCAGACCCUCUGGAAGACAUAUUGGAGCUCUGUGAGCAGAAGCCAGAUGAAACGCAGCGCAGGGGAAACGCCUCGAUAAGGAUCUCCCAGAGGAGCGACCGGCUGGAGGCUGUUGUGGAGGAUGCCGGCUCCACGCACGCUUCCUUCUAUGUGGGGGAGAUCCUGGACGACUCGGGGAGCCUCAGCCCCUCAGAGCACAGCUGCGUGAUUCAGACUCCCGUGGAUGUGCACUCACCCAUGGAGGCGGGCUUUGAAGACGGCUGCGAAGGGGACGGCGUCUUCGAAGACAAAACCGAAGAAAGGAAAAACUCGGAGUCUGAAAUUAGUGCAGAUUCCGCGAAGGACAAUAAUAACGUGGAAGUUGUGGAAAGCCUCUCCGAGACGCCUAACGGUCGCCUUUCAGAAAUCGAAACAGGCGGCAAACGAGGCGAUGAAUCAGAGGCGCCCCUUGAGUCAGGAGUUCAUGUGGAGAGUCAGAAUGUGAAUGGCGAAUUAGAGGCCGAUCUCAGUGACUCACUCCGACAAAUCCACCAAGAGGACACUGAAAACGAGGACAGAGGCGAGAGCGACGAGGACAGCCGCUCGCUGCUGUCUUCCAAUGAGAGCAUCAUCCGGUGCAGUGAGGAGGAGAGUCUGGGCGAGGAGAUGGACGACUCCGUGCAGGUGAAGUCGUCUCCGGACAAGGUCAAGGAUCGGUCAGAGCUGCAGGGCUCCAGUGGGAACAUUUUGCACAUCAACAGAUUUAAGGAGAACAAAGCGGACGCUCAGGACUGGGAGGAUAUUGACCAGCAGUACACAACUGCAGAGCCUAAACCAGCUGCUUCUGACGGAGAUCUGAAUGAAAACUGCGACUUUAGCAUCUUGGAGAACAGCUGUCAGUCUGGAGUAGAUGAAGGUGAAUUUACAACACAGGAAGUUCCGGCCUUGAUACCUUUGGAGGGAUCAGAGGAGGCCGAGGAGGCGUAGGUACAUCAGUGGAGCUAAACUUACUCUAGGUGCUGCACCAUCACUGAGCCAGAACCAUGGGUCUUUAGUCUCUUCUGCCUAAGAAACAUUAACAAGGCACAAACAAAGAGAUAUUCUGUUACAUGAAACCUAAAUACACAGUGCCUUGCAAUAGGAUUUAUGCUCUUUAAACUUUUUCAUAUAUAUAUUUAUGUUUGCUGCAAACAGAAACUUCAGCAUAUUUCAUUGGGAUUAUGUUAUAGACCAGCACAAAGUAGCGUCACGUUUCACAAACACCUAAAAAGUGUUGUAUGCAUUUUUAUUCAGAACUUUAAUAGUUGUUUUAAAACUGUACAAUUUACAAUUAUGCACAACUUUGUGUUGGU